CCUUAGCAACAGCUUAGCACUUUUCUUACGCCCCAAAUCGCCCAAAGAUUUUACCCAAAACCCGGCUUUGGUUCUGUGACUCCUGCUUGCUAUAGGUUCCGUCAUGGCUUCCAAUGUGAGCGUCUUUCUGUUGAACGUGAAUGGUCAAAUUGAGAGCGCUGAGUUUCCAGAAUAUGAUGAACUCUACUGCAAGUACUGCUUUGUAUACGGACACGACUGGGCACCUGUAUCUGGAGUAGAAGAAGGAAUAUCUCAGAUCAGUUCCAAAAGCCGAACUACUGAACAAUCUCUUGUCUGGAAUUUCCCUUUUGAAAUUACUUUUAAAAGUACCAACCCGCAUGGCUGGCCACAAAUUGUAGUGAGUGUUUAUGGCCCAGAUGUGUUUGGAAAUGAUGUUGUGAGAGGAUAUGGAGCCGUUCAUAUGCCAUUUACAUCAGGAAGACACAAUAGAACAGUCCCCAUGUUUGUACCAGAAUCAUCGUCUAAGCUACAAGAGUUCACAAGCUGGUUCACGGGUCGGCGUCCAGAGUUUACAGACCCUAAAGUUGUGGCCCAGGGUGAAGGCAGAGAAGUUACAAGAGUAAGGUCACAAGGCUUUUUGAACUUGUCAUUCAAUGUGGUGUUAAAAGACUUGAAGAAACUUGGUUACAACAGCGGCUCGACUGACUGCCAAGACCUGCCAAUAACAAUCAACCCCAUAAAAAACCUGGCUAAAGAGAAUUGUCAAAGCUUCAGACGCUCCCCAUCCUGUCUCUAGACUCCUGACCAUCUCAGGCUGUGUUUGUGUAGUUGUGUUUUGUUAAUUUGCGAGGAAUCAAUAUUCUGUGCAGCAAACACAGCAGGUAAUUGAUUAGGCAAAAUAUUGUUUUAUCACGGAGGAUCUUUACCUGCAGCAGUUUUCAAACUCAAAAAGUUUAAAGUCUUUGUGUUUUGACUGCAAAUGUACAUAUCUGAUUUCUCUCAAGCUGUGACCGCAACGAUUUGAUGCAUUGCGGAGAAUUGUUUAUAUACAGAAGUUUAUAUUCUCUGGGGUUUCUAUCCGGGGUUAAUAGAUAUUUUUGUACUUUUUCAAUUUCUUUCUUCAAAAAAUUGUUGUUUUUUGUCCUUUUGUGUUGCUGUCCAACUUUUUGUAAUAAUUCAGCUAUCUAAAUUAUAUUUAUGCCUAUAUGAGUUAUUCCUUACUGUCUUAUUUGGACUUACGUUCAUGGCUAACCAGUAUGCAACAGUUAUUUAAUGCAUUACACAUCACUCUGUGUAGUUUAAAAUGUAUAACUCUAUUUUUGGUCAUCUUAAAAAAUUUAAAACUAGUUUAUAUAUUUCUUUUAACACAUCAUGUGGUUAUAACACUAUACAGGGACAAUGUACUCAAAAAUAUGAAAAGACAGAAAUUAACCAUGUUUUUAUAUAUUUUUUGCAUGUAUAAAGUUAAAGGGAUAUUAAAAAUAAAAUAAAAAUCUGAAUGUAAAAUAAA